CAAGCCGCCAAUCACAGGCGGCGAUGCGCGCACGCUGCGUCCUGACGCAGGGAAGAUGGCGGCGCCCUGCGGGUUUCCGCUAGCCCAGCUGCUGUAGUCGUCCCGGCUUCUCCACCAUGUUCUCGCUCCGAGGCUGCGGCCGCUGGGCCGUGGUGUCGCUCUGCAGGCGCCUUCCUUCGGCCCGCUCUCGCGGGGACAGCACGGCGCCGUGGAGCCCACGCUUCGACGUGGUAGUUAUCGGCGGAGGCCACGCGGGGACCGAGGCGGCGGCGGCAGCCGCUCGCUGCGGCUCGCGGACCGUGCUGCUCACACACCGUGUGGACACGAUCGGUCAGAUGUCCUGCAAUCCUUCUUUUGGUGGCAUCGGAAAGGGGCAUUUAAUGAGGGAAGUGGAUGCCUUGGAUGGCCUGUGUUCUCGAAUCUGUGACCAGUCUGGUAUACAUUACAAAGUAUUAAACCGUCGUAAGGGCCCAGCUGUGUGGGGACUGAGAGCGCAGAUUGAUAGGAACCUAUAUAAACAGCACAUGCAGAAGGAGAUCCUGAAUACACCACUGCUCACUGUUCAGGAGGGAGCUGUAGAAGAUCUUGUUCUUACAGAACCAGAGCCUGGACACUCUGGGAAGUGCCGUGUCAGUGGUGUUGUUUUGGCGGAUGGAAGUACAAUUUAUGCAGAGAGUGUGAUUCUGACAACUGGGACAUUUCUGAGAGGCAUGAUGGUAAUUGGAUUGGAGAUGCAUCCUGCAGGGCGUUUGGGUGAUCAGCCUUCUAUAGGGUUGGCCCAGACACUAGAAAAGUUGGGGUUUGUAGUAGGAAGGUUGAAGACUGGGACUCCACCACGAAUUGCCAAAGAAUCCAUUAAUUUCGACAUUCUGAACAAACACACUCCAGAUAAUCCAUCCGUACCAUUCAGCUUUCUCAAUGAAACAGUGUGGAUCAAGCCAGAAGAUCAGCUGCCUUGUUACUUGACUUACACCAACCCCAAAGUGGAUGAGAUUGUCCUUGAGAACCUUCACCUAAAUAGUCAUGUUAAAGAAACCACAAGAGGGCCCCGAUACUGUCCCUCCAUUGAAUCAAAGGUUUUACGUUUUCCAAAACGUUUGCAUCAAGUUUGGUUGGAACCUGAAGGAAUGGAUUCUGACCUUAUCUACCCUCAAGGAUUAUCUGUGACACUACCAGCCGAGUUACAGGAGAAAAUGAUAGCAUGCAUCAGAGGCUUGGAGAAAGCUAAAAUGGUCCAUCCAGGCUAUGGUGUUCAGUAUGACUAUUUAGAUCCCCGUCAAAUCACGCCUUCCCUCGAGACGCAUUUGGUUCAACGGCUCUUCUUUGCGGGGCAGAUAAAUGGUACCACUGGCUAUGAGGAAGCUGCAGCUCAAGGUGUGAUAGCUGGAAUAAAUGCCAGUCUUCGGGUCAGUUGCAAGCCACCCUUUGUUGUAAGUCGAACCGAAGGCUACAUAGGAGUCUUGAUUGAUGACCUCACCACGUUGGGUACCAGUGAACCAUACCGAAUGUUUACCAGCAGAGUAGAGUUCCGUUUGUCCCUGCGCCCUGAUAAUGCUGAUGUCCGGCUCACAUUCAGAGGUUAUAAGGAAACUGGCUGUGUGUCCCAACAACGAUAUGAAAGAGCUUCUUGGAUGAAGACUUACUUAGAAGAAGGCAUUUCUGUAUUGAAAUCCAUUAAAUUUUCAAGCUCCAAGUGGAAAAAGUUAAUUCCACAGGCUUCUAUAAGUAUUAAUAAAAGCCUUCCUGUCAGUGCUCUAGAUGUUUUGAAGCAUGAGGAAGUUGACAUGGAGUUACUAGCCAAUGCAGUUCCAGAGCCCUUGAAGAAGUAUACUACAUCUAGAGAGCUGGCUAGAAGACUGAAAAUAGAAGCCACUUAUGAAUCAGUAUUGUUGUAUCAGCUACAAGAAAUAAAGGAAGUUCAACGAGAUGAAGCUUUCCAACUGCCAAAAGACCUAGAUUAUUUAACUGUCAAGGAUGUGUCAUUGUCCCAAGAAGUUCGAGAGAAACUACAGUUCAGUCGCCCACAGACGAUUGGGGCUGCUAGUCGUAUUCCUGGAAUGACACCUGCUGCCAUCAUCAAUCUGCUUAGAUUUGUGAAGAACACUCAGCAAAGACAGACAGCAAGGAAGGAACCCCACGCUAAUCAGUACUUAUGUGAUACGGAGAAACUUCAAGACAGAGAAUUAUAGCUUUCAUUUCAUAGACGAAUUUAGGACAAGUGCAUGGAGAACAUAAGUAGAAGAUAUGAGCAAUUUUGACACCUGUGCAAAUAGAAUCACUAGGUUAUUACGGGUUUGUCCUUAAUUUGUAAGGCAGACACAGAUCACAGUUGCACUUUUUUAUGUAUCUGAGAAAAGCGGUUGCAAACAGUUUCAGCUCUCUCAGGGGCUCUAAAACAGUGAGUCUAUGUAGCAUUCAUCAGAGAGAGAUGAUAGUGAAGCCAAAACAAAACCUGAAAUUGAACAUGGUGGCACACAGCUGUAAGCAGCACUCACAAGGCUAAAGCAGGAGUAAAGUUAAGACUAACCUGGGCUACAUAAUGAGACCCAAUCUCAAACAAAAAAAGACAGCCCUUUAGAAGAGCCUCUGCCGUGCAGCCUGCCCACUUCUGAAUUACUCAGAAGAGUUGUUUUUUCUUUCCCUUCUUUCUCUCUUAGAUGCUGGCCAAAGCAUGAGCCUGCCUUCCCUGGCACUCUGGGCUUCCUCAGUCUCUGAAGCUUCCCUGCCCCUUUGUCACUCCACACACAACCAAUCCCAAAAUAGCAUCACGAAACCCUUUCACAAAGAAGAUAGAAAUCUCUUAUAUGGGGUCAACCCCAUUCCUGAGGAACAUGCCUUUUACCAGUUACAAGGAGGGUCUGAUGAAGCUGGAGGUCAACAGUGUGAAGGCAAUUGAGUGCAUGUGCUGAAACCACUAGGGCUAAGCCCAAGAUGCACUGGGAAGAUGCACAGGCUGGAAGUGUGCAUGCUGAGGCUGUCAAGGCCCUUGUAUAAAGCCCAAGGCAUCCUAAGAAGCCAAAGGGUUCCAACUACAAGCUCUAUUGACUUAACAUUCAUCACCCACCCAAGCUUGGGAAACGGGUUUGUCUGCAUGGCCAAGGGUCUUAGACUGCCAAUCAAAAGCCAAGGCUCAAACCAAGACCUAGGUUACAGGACCCUCUCCAGCUCUGGUUCCCAAAGAUGCCCAGGUUCUUGUGAAGGCCUGUGGUAAAGGCCUCUCUGUCUGCCAUUGUGAAGACAGUUGGACUCAUAUGACAGCCCACCCCCCAUACUGUUUGCAGGUGGGUGGUGUCAGUUUGUAGAUUUUCUACUCUAGGGACCCAAGGGCCCAUGAGUAAAAUGUAAUUUGGUACCUUUUACCUAUGAAAUACACCAAAUUACAGGCUUAUACAGUUGGAUCGUGUCUCAAAAAGAAAAGAUGAAUGUAAAAAUGAGGGGAAAUUUGGAUAGUUUUCUGAUCUCUUUGGAUACCUGAGGGUAGAAUGACCACAACGUUUAAUUUUUUGAUUUAACGUGUAUUGUCUUAAUGUCUCUUACAAACCUUAAUGUCUCUUAAACCCUUAUUCAUAGGCCUUUCAGAGAUUUCCAGGUUACUGUAGGUUAGAAAGCAGUAAUAAUGUCUUUAAAUUGGAUGAAAAAUUAUGACUGUACAAUAUCAUGUAGACUCAUCCAGCUAGCUACUUUUUAAAAUCUUUUUUGAACAGUUUCUCCAGCUGGUGUAGUGGUAUACAUGUAAACCUAACUCUUGGAAAGUAGGAACAAGAAGAUCAGGUGUUCAAAGGCAUCUUCAGUUCAAGGCCAGCUUGGGCUACACGAGAUCACGCUGUCUCAAAAAACGAACAGAGUAUCUGUAUAGCUUAUUCAAUAGUUUCUAACUUUGAAAUGCAAUCAAAAGUCAACUUUGAACAUUUAAAUCUUAAAUUCAGUACUUCAGGAAAUGUCAGUAGUAAUUAGUUUUGAACAUUAAUGAAAGUCCUGUAACACAGAAACAUCAGAAAUCAACAUUGUUUCCUGUCAUCCACAAUGUAGAAACUUGUUUUGUAAUCUGGUUACAGAUAGUCAUUUUUUAUUGUAAAGACCUCUUCUGAUGCAACUCUUCUGACCAUGAUUUAACAAUGAAGGCUAUUCCAUAGUAACUGAUGAAUAGCAUUUGCCUGCUUCUCAGUCAAGUGACAGAAAACCCAGAGAAGUGCUGGUGGUGCCCUUCUUUUCUGGUACCUGGAUUGUUUGUGGUCACAAGGGCUAGACUGGGGUGACCAGUAGGCCCUUCGGCUAACCCUUAAAGACAGCCUUGGCUGGGCAUGGUGACGCAUGCCUGUACUCCUAACUCAGGAGGGAGAGGCAGGAAGAUCUUGGAGAUCUACAUCAUGAGUUCCAGGUUAAAUGGACCAGAUGUCUCUGUUUGUCCCUUGCAUGCUAACCAAGCUUGUGUAGCCCAGGAAGAAGAUUCUCUAUCCACUUAGGCUAAAGAGAGUACUUAGUGUUCCAACAGCUCCAAGUCACUUUGGCUAUUGAUUUAUUUGGUAAGCCCUAUUAUGGAUGAGUCAACCAAGUAUUUUGUUAUUUCACCUGUCCAUUUGGAUGUAGUUCAGUUUUCAUAAUUCUGUUUAAUUUUAAUCUCUCCAGAUCAGGUCAGUAUCUUUUUGAUAUUUUAUUUUAAAGGGUAGCGUGGUGUGUGUAAAGAAAGAAUGCAUAGCCAAACAAGGCGGUGUAACCAAGCACUCAGGAAGCUGAGCUAUCACUGCAUGUUUCAGUGAGACAGUCUUUUUUUAAAAAAAAAAAAAAAGUGGGGGUGCACACUUGUAACCCGAAGACCUGAAAGGCAGAGGCAGGAGUAUUGCCUCAAGUUGGAGGCCAGCAUGUGAUACAUACCAAAACCCUGUCUCAGAAAAAAGAACAAAUCCAGGCAAGCCUGUAAUACAAGGACUAGGGAAGCAGGGCAGGAGGAUCCCACAAGUUCAAGGCUAUCAUGGUCUACCUAUCAAGUUCCACACAAACCAAAGACACACAGCAAGACCUUGUCUCAAAAAUAAAACAGCUACUCGA